GUCACGUAUGGUUUUCUGAGAAAGCAGAGAGCAGUUUCCGGGUAGCUUUCUUAUAAGAAGGACUUCGCUCAAACUUCAAUUCAUUCAUUUAAAUCAACGUGUUUCCUAGCAGAAAACUGACGAUAUUUUAGACUAUUUCGCACGGUCCAACCUUGAAGCAAUUUGUACGUGUUCGCGGAGAUUGUAACGCGAAUCGACAGGUAAGGUUAUUAAUUGAUAAAAUCAUUGAUUACGGUUUCUAGUCACCCAUAUUGUAAAAUACCACAAAUAAUUUCAACUGCCAGUGUGUAUCAGAAGUUAGGCAGUUGAUCUAUGACGGUUGUUUUUGUCUUUCCAGUUAAGCAAGGUUAAAGGAACUCGCUCUUCUCAUCUGUGAACCUCUUCGAAGGUUUCGAAUUAUAACAUCGAUUGGUCUUUCGUGGUUCAGCUUAUCAAGCUAUCAUGGAAUCUAUGUAUACUAAUAAUGUCUGACUUUUAUAAAAGGAAUCUUUUCAACCGUCGUUCUGCUAAAAAUAUUACCCGUAUGAUGAAUCAUACGGGUAAAAUGCGUACGGUACUUUCACUCUGUAAACAAGCACAUUUGCCUUUUUCAGUAGCUUCGGUUCUGACAUUUAUUUGAGAUUUCGUUUCGCAAUGAUUUGACGAUUCUGUUUUGAAGACUUCGAAGAGCACGACGCUUUAGAAGGCAAUCGUUCACAGUUGUGCACAUUGUUGUAUACCUUUAGUUAAUUUACGCUCGACUGUAAGCAAAUCUAGCUUAAGUUUCAGUCCCGUCGGCGGUUAAUUUAACCGGCCGGCAUUUUGCACUUACGGUCUGCGCCUGGACAUGUACAGUAAAAACGGAUUAAGUUUUCUUUACGUGGAUUGAUUAAGGAAUUGAUAAAUAGAACGAUGCUAACGUUGCCCUUAGUCAGAACUGUCUGAGUUACAUGUGUAAGAAAAUUAUCGGUUUCAUAUAUUCCAAAAUAGAUUCACCACCUCCUUCAUGUAAAGCGGUGUGCGAAGAUUGAAUCAGAAUUAUCAUUUUUCAAUGUUAAUUUUAAUCCGGUUAAUUUUAAACCGGUGAAUUUUUGUUAAGAGUUGAAGCGUGUAAACCGGCAGCAAAGGUAAGCUGAGUGACAUCAUUUGAAAUGCGCUGGUGUGAUUCCUUGUUCAUCGUCUACGCAAAGUUCACAAUCAGACACAUUUCGUGUAUGUCAUGGACUAAAGAAUAUGAAUACCCGCGGGUCGGAAUUUUUGAACAAAUUUUUCUGUUGCUCAAUAUUACAACUAGCAUUUUUUGAAAUUGGUUUUCACUGUCGAAAACCAAACCUUAAAUAUGUAACUUUGUUUAAGGUAGUCUGGAAAUUUUACAAUAAGGGUUACCUCAUCAUUCAUUAUAAUUUCGCUUUUUUGUUCAAACUUUGGUAUUAAUUGUUUGGGGAUUGAUCAUUAGUUGUAGACAUUGGUUCAGCGCUGUCUGAGCUCUUAUCGACAAUGAUAUUCGUCAUCACAGCGGUCAAAUGUUGCCGACUCAUUAGGCGCAGGCGAGUGAACGAUUUGUGUCUAACCACAAUAUCGACGACUAUUUCAGUGCGCGACCAUUGCGUGACACGUUGACGUGACAAAGACAAAUUGGCCAAUCAAAUUGCGACAUUACUGCUAAUUGUGGUUAAAAACAUUGACCUGAUCCCCCCAUAAAGCUCUGUACUAUGAAUAUGUCCCCUCCCUCUUCUAUAGCAGUUAAUUAGCGAUUAAUUUGCUACGGUUUCCCUUUAAAUACUCAGCGGCGACACCGAUCCCCCUAUGAGCCCCCUGAAAAAUAUAUCACCCCACAAAAUAUCCCCUUUCCCUCACCCCCCAGGGAUAAAUACGGACUGACUCCUCCAUGGUCUGUUUCAUCAUUGCAGAUAGUAAACCAUGUCUGGUGAAGUCACCGAAACACCUGUCGCAAAAUAUGGCCAAAGUAGUGAAUUUGGCGUCGUUCUUGACUUUAUUCAAAGAAUGAUAAGUAACGACACUUUACGCCAAGCCUUCAACAUUCCACAUCUGGUCAUGGUCGGUCGGCAAAACAUGGCAAAAACCACUCUGAUAAACCGUCUGAUCGGGCGAUAUCUUCUCCCAAUGCGCCGCAAUGAGACCGCAAACACCUUACAGGCCCGCACUACAUAUCCCAUAAUACUCAACCUGAGAAACGGCAAGAGGAGCCUAGUGGAGGUUAAAUGCGAUAUACCGGGUAUUGGGGGGGCUGUGGAGAAUCCUAAGGAUGAUACCGUGGAGACAUUUCUUAACCAAGUCACAGCACAUUUACCAAAGGAAGAGGGAACUCCAAUUUCGAAAACCCCUGUUAAUGUUACUUUGCAAGGUAAGAUAUAUUAAUUUAACUAGAAUUCAGAUUUCACAUAUCGAUCUCAUUUAAAGAGAUCGAUAUGUGAAUAUCGUUGUCGUUUUAUCAUAGCAGAUAGCAGUUCGCAUUGAGUGAACGUGAAAUAAACGAGAAGUUUUUUUACUGCUUUUUGUUUCCUGCCAGUCUUGAAAAUUCCUUCAUUCAAUUCUAUAGAAGUUCUAAGUCCAUUCUGAAAUUUAAACUUAAUAUAUCUUGCACUGUUCAGAUAAUUUCGACUUCGUACUCUUUCCUCUUCUCCAGGCCCCGAAUUCACGACUCUUACAUUGGUCGACCUUCCUGGCGCUCAUUUUGCCAAUGACGAUCCACGCAUGAACCUCGUCACUCAAAAUUUAGUUUUGGAAUACAUCGAGAAAAACACUAACAGCAUUAUCGUCAUAGUAUCUGAAGUAGGGGACCCCACAGGUGACAGUGCAAUAAACCUUGUCAUGCAAAAGGCCCCAGAUUUUAGGAGCCGCACAAUCUGUGCACUUACCAAGCCAGAUAAGUUGAGAGAAUCCGAUGACAUGGGGAAAAGGGUGGCCAUGAAUGGAUCCAGCUUCACACUGGAUGAUAACCGAUUCAUUGUACUGCGAGGUAAAAUAUGAUUGUUCAGUUUGUUCCACUUUGAAAUGAGUCCAUAACUUAGCUUACACCAGUAGUUAGGGACUUGUAAGGUAUUAGUUAAAACGUUCUUCUACUGAGGGUCGCAAAAGCAUAGCUAAAGUAGUCACAUCGCUUCCUGAUGACAAGGGAAAUAUCACAAUAUCCCUUGCAAUAAGAACAAGGGCAAACACGUGUAAUAACCUGAAGAGUGGAAAACACAAGAAACCAAGGAGUCACGAUUGGUAGUCUGGCACCUGAUUGAUCGAGGGUGUGUUUUUUGUAACCAAUCCAGCUCGAAGGGCAGUGAGACGAAACGAAAGAAAUACAUGAUUUCUUUCUCCGGGAAAACUUGAUCUACUGGACAGGAAUGUAUUUUGUGUGAUUCAGGUCUAAUUUAAUUCGAUAAAAUUUAUGGGCGUUUCUUCAGCUUUUUCUUCAAUAUAACAUUCAGGGAAAGAUGGCACAGAUCCAAAAGAGAAGGACUGGGACGCUGAAACGACUCGUGUUCAAGAAAAACUAUGGUUUGCACGGCAUCCUCAGUACAAGGACAUUCAACAUGUCUGUGGAAUUGAUCGACUCAUGGACACCAUGAUCUCUUUACUGGCUGAAAAGAUGAUCACAGAAAUUCCUAUUCUGGUGACACAAAUGAGGAGGCGAAAAAAAGAGGUUACAAAAUCGUUUGUUAGAAGGGAUUUUUUGAUUACUGCCAGGCUAGCACCAUUGAGAGACCAGGACCAGGAUUCAGGGUCUUAAGGGAAAAUUUUAUUGGGUGUCGAAAAUAAUCCAAAUUUUCUCUGGUUUUUUUUUCCUCUGUGUUUAUUGAUUGGCAUUAUCGCUCCUAGAUCCGUAACCACCUGAUGAAUGAUAAUGUGAUAAUGAUAGUGUCGUGUCUUAGUAUCACAACUUUUUGAUCCAAUAAGGUGGACGAUAUACUUGAGGAACUAGAGGACAGCGAGGUACCAGAAUCGAGCGAAGGCAAGGGUGGAGUGGCCAUGAAACUGAAAGAAAAUCUAAUAAGAGAGUUAAAUAAACUUCUUUUCAACAAUACUUCUAACACAGCUGGAGGGGAGCGUGUCAGGCAGCUGUUUAAUUCAUUUCACCAGGAAGUUUUCAGGGUGAGUGUCUUUGGCUUAUAGUCUUUAGUGUCUUGUUAUAGGUGAGUAGUCAUUUAUCGAAAAGUGAUGGGCGAAAAUUUUACAUAUAGUACGAUAUAUAAGGGAAAUUUAACUUAUUCUAAAUAACGAUAAUAAUAAUUAUUUUAAAAUAAAGCACUUAGAACAAUCCUAGCAUUCAAUUGUUUUUAAUUUUAGCUUUCCAAGUUACACUCGUUCGUGAAUUAUACUUGUUGGUGAAGAAAGAACUACUUAGUCAAACAUCUUCUUAUACAUCACUGAAAGCACGACUUUUACGAUCGGCAUGAAUACAGUACAAAGCACUCAGAAAGACUCCAGCAUUCAUUUGUUUCUUUUUUCAGCCUUUCCGAUCAUACUUGCAGGUGUAGUAAGAGCUACUUGAGUCAAACAUCUUUGUUAACCACAGGAACAAAGAACAGAGCAAAAAAAAACCUAAAUUUUCCCAGCGCUCCAACUAUGAAUAGAAAUUGAAUUCAUGGUCUAAAACUCUUUCAAAAGGGAAAAUUGGGCAUGAGAUACGCCGAACUAAAGCAUUGGCUAAGGGAGUUAUUAUCACCUUUUUUUGGAUAAAAUUUGUCACAGGUGGAUCCUUUGGAGUUGCGUAAUGACGAUGAAAUACGAAGACAACAAAGAAAAUUGGAGGGCGUGGCUGCCCCUCUUGGAGACAGCAGUGAAAACAGUCAGCUGCUGCAGAGGCUUCUGUAUGAGAAGUAUACAGGUAUUAACUAAGAGCUUCUUAAACUUUCUGUAACAAAACAUUUGUUUCUGGUUAAGCUAAUUUGGAAAAUUUCAGGGUAGGAGGCUGAAAAGCUCAUAGUAAAUAUUCCUUUCAUAGAGUUAUUUUCGUCCCGUUUCUGGAUAGUGCAAUUUUCAAUGAGUGUCGAAAGUGUUCUAAAUUUUAAAGUAGACCCCCCCCCUCUGGGUACACUAUUGGGACUUGAAAAAGUGCCUAAUGAAUGGAGUUUUCCCUUCAAUGAAGAUAACAAGUUUAAAGGUUAUUUAGUGGAUGCUCAUUUCAGGUUACAUUUCGAGGCUCGGAAAAGCUUCCCUUUAAUUUAAGUGUACUUUCAAUAAACUUAAGAGGAAGAAAAGUCAUACCUUGGCCCCUCUCUCAAGGGUAUACCUUUGGUUCUGAAAUAAUGUCCUCUUAAUAUAGGUGUCAUAAAGCAAGUUCUUAGACUGUUUUUCAAUGGAACGAUGCAGUCAAUCACUUUUCUGUUUUUUCGAUAGGAGUACAAGCCAAUGGUAAACCAAUCGCGCUUCUGAGCCCAGUUGAUAGGUUGCUACCCCUGUCAGAGAAACUUGUCAGAAAUGUCGAGGCAACUUUGCGAGAUAUCGUCCAAAAGGCUAUCGAACAAGCCUUGUCGAAGUUUCCCACACUCAAACAAGCAGUUGAAGCGAAAGUUGUCAGCAAGAUUUUUGACAAGAAACGCGAACAGACUACGGAAUUCAUCCGACAAUUCCUUGAAAUGCAGAAAAAGAGCACUGAUAUCGUUUUCGCCCCAAUCCCCACACCUCGAGAGAUCAGUGUCUGGGAAGGGUUUCCUCUGGUAGAUCAUAGGAAACCUCAUCCAUGCAUGACGUCAAAGAUGACGAGUCAUAUGAAGUACCUUGCGAAAAAUCUCUACCCUGAGAAGCUGCUUCAAGAGAUAGACGGUUCUGGGUCACACGGUCUCAUGUAUAAGGUGAGAACUGAGAACUUUUAGGGUAAUUUGCAUGAUUGAAACUACAACCGAAGCCAUGCGUAACUGUGUUCAUCAUUUUAUUUAAAACAUCCGUACGCCUACGGUACUAAACACGAGUAGGAAAAUACAUUUUAGAGAACGGAAAGUUACAAAUAAACUCACAAUAAAGAGAAAUAUUAACCUUAACGGUGCAUAGCUUUAUUGGCAAAAAACGAAAACGAUAAUGCUGCUUCUUGAAAAGUGAACGUAAACAUUGAUCCUUAUGAAUUAAUUUAUUCACAAAACUUACAAAUUACUCGACGUAAUUACGUAACAUUACGCAACGGUACAAACAUCAACCAUAGGUACACAAAAUAACUGAUGAAACGUACCAACGCUAGAAGGUAAUUAACGCGUAAACGAAAUUCACACAGAAAACAGCAUGGUGAUAAGUUUCGCGAUUAAGAAGAAAGAAAGCAUCUCGAGGUUAAGUCCAGUUUCUUUAAAUAGAGUAAAUUUAAAUGGCCAAUUACUAGUCGCUUGCUUAGACACUUUCUGAUCCACUGCUGGUUGUUGUAAGGUAAGAUUAUGAUAUAAAAAAUUUUAAAUUGACAUUGUAAAAGCGUGCUAAUGCGUGGGUUGAAGCCUCCUAUCAGUUGGGGAUGGGUUUGGCAGAAUUUUCGAUAGUUGGUGAAAAUUGUCGUCGGUCCUUACUCUAGACAAACAACAUUUAAAUUUCUUUUAUGCGUUAAGUUUAAAGUAAACUUAAUUUUUGUAAGCUUUGCGCACAAAAUUGGAAUAUGUGGGUAUCCCUUGAUAAGAAAAUGGCUAAACUGCAGAAUAGCCUGCUACUCAUUUACAUGUCACUGAAUAAGAAUAGCGUCUAUUGUGUUAUGCCUCGAUCUUCAAAGCCUCCCGACACAUAUAAAUGAGGGGGAUCAAAGUGGCAGGGUAUUUAGAGAGACACUAUAGAAAGCUUUAUCGUUCUUUUCCUAGGAACACGAGGAGAUAAAGAAUGUAAAAAGGAACGUGGUGCGAUGCUUCAACGUGCUUAAAAUGAAUGUGUGUGACACAGUCCCCCGCUGCAUCCUGCAUUUCUUCGUAUCACAGUUAGUGGAUGAUCUUGACCGCGCUUUGGAGAAAGAAAACUUGGUCGAGUUCUUGGAGGAAAGGAAGGACAUCCGGGACAAGCGCAUCCUGUGUAGGAAACAGUCCCUCGCUUUGGAGAAUGCGCUGCCACAUACACAAGACGUCCUGCAUAAACUACUGCGCAUGAAACAGGGAUCUCCUCAAAAGGACCGGAAGAUGUAACUGAAUAGAAUGUUUUCAUUACUUAGCCUUUUCAAGAAAUAAUUAUCUAGCUUAGGGUUUCUUUUAAUUUUCGUAUAAAAUUCUGAAUAUCAUCGCCAUACCCGGUUGCAAUAGGUAUAAUUUAAAAAUUCAUUAUGUUAUAAACAUUUUAUGUGUAUUCUUUGAAGGAGUUAGUUCUGAAUUAUGCUUAACGUAAUAGCGUUAGUCAAUUUUCAAAAUUUUUUUCAUAUAAGUACUAGUGAGCUGCACACAGCAACAAAUCUUAGAUUACUUUUUAAAAUGAUUUUUAAAGAAGUAUUAAACUCUUCCUUAUUAGCUCUUUGAUUUUUAAACUUAGUAGCGUUUAGAAUCAGAGCCAGGUGAUUAUUUUUAAUUAUACUAUCUCACGCUCUAAGGGGAACAUUUAAAAAGCUCAACAUAGCUUACUGAGAUCUUUACCAUCAUAAUAUUUGGAAAGUUAGCAGAUCUAAAUGUAAUGCACCAACUGAAAGACAAUUGAAUUGUCAGUCAUUCAAAAGGAAACAAUAAAGGCAAGUUUAGCAGUGUGGAG